AUGAACAACACUGGAUACUCGAUGUUAACACCCAAACAGCUUGUUGAUGUAUACGGGCCCGAGUCACCAUUCAGUGAUCCGAAAAAGCUGAAAUUCUUCCUGUCUUUGAACGAAAGCCAGCUGCAUCAGCGCCUAAUCGAGGACAUCCGGCGCUUCUCGAAGACUAAUCCAAAAACACUAAAAAUUCGCCAGAAACGGCAAACAGUGCUUUCGCCGAUUGUGCUCACCGCUAUUGUUUUGCAGCCAAACACAGCUCCUGUUGUACUUUCGCCAGUUUUGCUCAGUGCGUCGGUUCUUUCUCCGGCAAUCUUUGGCGCUAGCAUACUCAUUCUCAGUCCGAUUAUUUUAUCACCGCUGACUCUAAAUCCGCUAAUUUUCUCUCCUGAAGCCGGUACUGCUAUUAUCGGUACUCCAUACUUAUUGUCGCCAAUCAUUUUCUCCUCAUCCUUCCUUAUCACCCGCAUUUUUUCGCCACGACUCCUUUCACCACCAAUCAAUUCCACAGGCAUUGUUUUAAAACAGAAUCCAGAACAGUUUUUAUUUGAUGCUAGAUGA